AUGGGAGAUACAUCAGGUCAGCAAGCAGAAUCAGACUUUUGUGGCAGUACUGACCCCCUCCUGGACACCAUCCAAAGGACUCUGAUCCCAGGGACUUUUCUGGUCAUCCUGUUUGUGGGUCUGCUGUUGAACCUCUCCAUCAUCUGGAUCCUCUUUUUCCGUAUGAAGCGCUGGAACAGAAGCACCGUUUUCCUCUGCAACUUGGUGUUUGCUGAUAUCACAUGGCUCUUAACCCUUCCUUUCCUGAUCUACUACCACUUCAACCAGCUACACUGGAUCUUUGGAAAAGCCUUAUGCAAGAUGACACGCACCGCCUAUCAUCUGUCCUAUUACUGUAGCAUUUACUUUGUCACUUGCCUGAGCAUGGACCGGUACUUAGCCAUCGUGCACCCGCUGAAGUCCCUGUGGAUGUUAAACAAACAACAUUCCCUGUGGAUUUGCUGUUGCAUUUGGACUGUGACUGGAUUGGUCAGCUUGCCUGUCACUUACGUCGUAGGAACACAGACUUGCCCAAACAACAAAACCAUUUGUUCCCUCUAUGUAUUUUCUAGCUCCACCUAUAUCACCCUUCCGCUCUCUGUGUGCUGCUCGAUGGCUGGUUGCUUCCUGCCUUUCGUGGCUAUUUGUUACUGUUACUGCAGCAGCGUUAGAAAGCUGCAAGAGGCUGGUCCUCAUCGCUUUCAGAAAAGGGACAAACUCACCAAGCUCAUGUACUCAGCCUUGAUCUCGUUUGCUCUUUUGUACUUCCCUUACCACUUCUCGAGAAAUACCUGCAUCUUCUUGAGAACGGUACGGCCUGAUGAUGCCCAGUCCAUCCAGCGAGCUGACACCCUGUUCCUUGUGGAGAUGGCCAUCUGUAGCCUGAACACCUGCCUUAAUCCCCUUUUCUGUUUCUUGGCUGGAGGGGAUUUUCGAGAGGAAGUAUGCAAGUUGGCAUCCCCGCUGUGUAACCUCAAAUGCUGGUGGAAUCGACGCCAGUUGGCAUGUGUGUAUCCAGUGUAA